AUGUAAAAGCUGUCGAAGCCGCGACUGUACGGGACGGUGAACUCGACCAUGCCGGCAGAGUACUACGACUACGAGCACUACGAGGUGGAGUUCGGGGAGAUCGACGACUACGAGAUCAUGGACAAGCUGGGCCGGGGCAAGUACUCGGAGGUGUACUCGGGCAUCAACGUGCACCGGAACGCCAAGGUGGUCAUCAAGGUGCUCAAGCCCGUCAAGAAGAAGAAGAUCAAGCGCGAGAUCAAGAUCCUCAAGGCCCUCAAGGGCCACCCCAACCUGAUCGACCUGCUCGACGUGGUCAAGGACCCCGCCUCCAAGGCGCCCUGCCUGAUCUUCGAGCACAUCGAGAACGUGGACUUCAAGUCCAUGUUCGGCACGCUGCGGGACAUCGACAUCCGCUUCUACAUGUUCGAGCUGAUGAAGGCGCUGGACUACUGCCACUCGAAGGGCAUCAUGCACCGGGACGUCAAGCCCCAGAACAUCAUCAUCGACCCCAAGCGCAGGGUGCUCAAGCUGAUCGACUGGGGGCUGGCCGAGUACUACCACCUGGGCACCAACUACAACGUGCGGGUGGCCAGCCGCUUCUUCAAGGGCCCCGAGCUGCUGGUGGACAACGAGUACUACGACUACAGCCUGGACAUCUGGAGCGCCGGCUGCAUGUUCGCCUCGAUGUCCGCGCCUCACCAGAUCUUCAAGAAAGAGCCCUUCUUCCAGGGCGAGAACAACUACGACCAGCUGGUCAAGAUCGCCAAGGUGCUCGGAAGCGAGGACCUCUACAAGUACCUCAAGAAGUACAAGCUCACCCUCGAGCCCGAGCUGGCCACGCUGCUCGACCGCUUCCCUCGCAAAAGCUGGAGCCUCUUCGUCCGGGAGGAGAACGCCAGCCUGGCCAACGAGGAGGCCGUGGACCUGCUCAACGCCAUGCUGGUGUACGACCACGCCGAGCGCAUCCUCCCCAAGUAGGCCAUGGAGCACCCCUAUUUCGCCCCGGUCCGGGUCAAGCGAUGA